AUGAGUUAGCCAACAUUAAGAAAAAACUAACCCAUCUUUGAGUUUAAGGAUGACUAGGAUGAAAUAGAGAGCCUAGCUGAAAUUAUUGAAUAAGAGCCUGAUUUCUCUGAAAAAACUAAAAGAACCCCACAUGGAAGAGGUAGCUAGAGCUACUAAUCCAAUCUUUAAGAUGUCAAAACAAAUUUCACUUCUAUGUAUGGCAAUACUCUCCAAGUAUAAUAAAACCCAAAAUCACCAAAAUCUGCAAGAUUGGUACAAAAAACUCAACAAUUAGUUGAAGGAACGUCAACAAUAGUUUUUACUGUUAUAAUCUCCUUGAUUGUAAACAUUGUUCUAACGUAUCCUCUAAUUAUUUUAAAAAGUAUAUACACUUUCUUGACUGGUUUUAUUUACCCUUGCUAAAAAAAAUGCACAAUUCACGCAUUUGUAAAAAAAUUUAUCAAUCCAAUAGUUUAGAUCAUCUUUGCUAGCAGCGUCCUGUGUAUUGUUUACUUUACUAUUACAGGCAUACAUUAGACUUAAAGGGAUUUUUACGGCAUUUUGUUUUUCGAUGCUUUCUUUUUAUUUUUUACCAAGAUCUUAGUCUUUAGCAUUAUUAAACUCACAAAACAAUAAGAUUUAAAGUUAACAUGGAAAAAUGUAUGUUCCAUCUUCGAUCCUGGCAGCCAAAACGGUCUUGUGUUAGACCUUAUUGAUAAAUAGAGAGAUAGUGAUAUUUAUAUGGAUGUAUCACGUAUUGAAGAUAACUGGAAGCAAGAAUAUCUUGAUAUCAUGAAUUCUAAAUUAGAAGUAGACCUUCAAAUACAGAGAUUUAAUACAAUUCAGACAGAUAUUAAAAAUCCACUAACUCUUGAGUUGAUUGGCUACCAAUUUUUGUAGGGUUAAAAUUAGAUAUUAGGAACUCAUUUUGUUUAAUUUGUAACUACUCAAUUAUUGUCUCUAGCAAAAAUUUUCAGUUGUUUAAUAUUUAUUUACAUAAAUAUUCCAUUUGACACAGAUGAUAUUUUCUAUCUUCUAGCAAUAACAUUAUUCAACAUAAAUGAAAUUUACUGCUUCAACAUAUUACUUAGCAACUAAGACUUACGUAGAAAGACAAUCAUGUCUAAUAGUAUUAAUGACUGCAUUAAAUUUACUGAUAUAGAAAUUGAGAACGACUAUACAAAACUGUUAGAUGUUACCUCAUGCAUAAGCCUGGAAACUUGGGAUAAUUCGCGUAGAGCUAUUUAUCUCUUUUUCUAAGGCAUGUAUAAAAAAUUUGAAAUGUGCUAUUGCUGUAUCUUCAUUUACUAUUUAUUCAUUUUGAAUAUUAUACUUGCCAAGUUUUUUGAAUUCGAUCUCUUCUUUGAUAAGAACUCAGUUUUUCUAAAUCCUAUAAUAAUUAUUUCAUCUAUUUUUAACUUUUUGAUAUUGAAUGUCUUUCUUCUGUUUAGAUUCUACUUUGGAAGUAAAUAUAAUGAGACUAUUGAAGAAGCAGGAGAUAAUAUAGAUACUUUAAUUGGAAUUUACUAAGAUCUUAUAUAAAUGUAUGAUUACAAUUUCUAGUAAAAAUAAAUAUCAUAAGCAACUCUCUCAAUAGUUUCAAAAAAUAAAAUGCAACCUUUGCCCUAAAGAACUUAAGUUAUGUUUGAGGAUCCUGAAGAUGCUCAAUUAAUGUCAAGACAGCUUACAUAAGACCCAAGUAGGGCAUUUAUGAUAACUUGUUAUGACUUAAUUAUAGCAAAAAUUAAAUUCCUUUCUCGCUUUUAUAUUGAUAGAAGAUUAGAAUUUUUAGGUAAAGUUUACAGUAAUGCAGAAGAAAAGAAUUUGUAACAAAAAAUGCUAAAAAAUAACUUAAAAAGUUUUCAAAGAAUUAAAUCUUAGAUUGAAAUAGAUUCUAAAUAAAUUUGCUACAAAGUACUUAAUCUAUUGAAACUUGAUUUCUAGGAAUCUUUGCUCACCUUAUCGGUUGGUUUAAUAUCAAUAGCACCUUAGAUAGUUCCAGCUUUCAUAAGUAUGUUCAAAGGAGAAGCUCUUAAUCCAUCAUCAUGA